ACACGAACGUACGGCAACGAGCACAGUCCCUCGUUUCGAACACGCCUUGUUCGAAAGUCUCUGAGAAAAAUUUAACUCACUGUCCGUGUGACGUACGUCUACAAUCUUCCGACGCCAUGGACGACCUGGAAUUAAUGAAUGCCCCGGAUUUGUUCCGGCUACGAACCACUGCAAAACGCCAGCACACGAACCUCGUUACGCGAGUGUACAACAUGAUUAACAGGCGGGCAGCGCAAGCUUGAUUCGUGGUGUUGUCAACGGAUCUUGAAGCUGCGCUAGAGCGUAUCACGGCGAUUAACGAGCGGUACGUCAUCGCGGGAGAGCUGGAUGAUCAAGAAAGAGCGGCAGCAGAGGACUACAUCCAAGGCGUUGCUGCGGUAAAUAGGCAAGCACGGCUUGCCAUUGGAGGGUAUUUACAACCCGGCACUAACCCGCGCUUAGAAGGAUGGAUCGUUGAAGACUCGAAUAUUGAUCAAGCUCUGCAGCAGAAUCCGCCGACUGAAUCCACUGGAGCAGAAGAAGAUCAGGAUAGCGGUCCAAAGCAUCAUGAAAUAAACCAACGACCUGUUCACAGGACCACGCCGGCCGAUCCUCCCAUCGACCCAUUAAUUUUGGGCUCAACUGGUGGCGUCAAUAACCAAACCGAGCCUAACGUGGCCAAUAAAGCGAAACGACGAAGAAUUGAACUUGAAUUCGAACUCGAAAGGAAAAAGGUUGAACGUUCCCGCAAGAUGGAUGAUCUUUUGCGUCAAUGCGAGAGAGAAGAAGAAGAUCUUAAAAUGGCAAUCGAGUGCGAAAGGGUCUUGGCUGGUGCGCUUGAUGGAUCAAUUCAAGGAAACCCAAUCCUUUCAUCCACACCAAAGCGCAAUAUGGAUACCGUCUGAAACUUACGACCCGUAGAAGCAAACGAAAGAUCGGCAACAUUCGCUCCGCCAAGUCGUUGGCCAAAGAUUAUCGUCGAAAAAUUCAACGGGGAUCCGCGAAAAUGGCAAAGAUUCGCGCAUGGUAUUCACGCCACCGUUCGCGACGCGAACAUCCCUGACUCCUACAAGCUUUUGGGCCUUCAAGACAACAUUACUGAAGAUAUUCGGAAAAGGAUGGGCCAUAUUUUCAACGGAUCAUAUGCAUUUGAGUCGGCUUGGAUUGAAUUAGAAGUUAAAUAUGGAAAUCCAGGUCUUAUAAUGCAGGCGCAUAACCAGCACCUUCUCCAAGUCCAGCCUUUCAAAACCAGGGACUUUAAUUCGCUCUUCACUUUAGCGGCAGAUGUCCGUGAUGCCGUAUCGAGCAUUUCCGUUGAGCACUCAAAGGAAUUUAGGUUUUCAACCGUCAUCACCUCGCUCGCCUCAAAGCUUCCAAUUCAGCUUCAAAUCGACUGGGGAAAAUAUGCAUAUUCCCUUCGUCCGAAUCUACCAUCGAUACGAGAUUUCGACAAGUGGAUUGAUAUCGCUGUCGGAGCAGAAGAGUAUCGCGGAAUUCGACUUUCCCAAGGCGGCUAUGGUCAACCUGGUAGCAGUGGUUAUCGUGGACCUACUGUGUUGACGAACGGAAUUCAAGAAAGGGUAGCAGCUCCGCAGUGCCCUGCCUGCAGUGCCAAUCCUGGUCAUCGCCUCGAGUAUUGCAACGUUUUCAAGAAAAUGUUGGUCAACAAACGAGCAGCUCUCUGCGCCGACAACAAUUUUUUUUUCAAAUGCUUGACACAAGGCCACUACGGAAGAAAUUGCUCCCGCACUGACGUGAAAUGUAAUGACUGCGAAAAGGCCCACAACACUCUCUUACACGGAGCCGAACGCCAAUUUCCGUCUGCAAAAAGUCAAGGUAACGAAUCUCUAAAUGUAUUAACGAUUCGUGCACCUAACCCGAACCGCAUACGUCCCGUAUUGCUAGCCAUCCUACCCGUCACUGUAAAAGGUAAUGAGUCCGUCGCCGAAACAUUUGUGGUAUUAGAUCCGGGGAGCGAAGCCACGCUCAUUACGAACGCUCUCGCAGAAACUUUAAAUUUGAAAGGACCCACCUUUCGUAUCCGCUUCGGUAACUUCAAUGAUUCAAUCACCAUCGACUCUAAGGUCGUUUCGUUCCGCAUUGCGUCUAUGAACUAUGAAGCCUCCAUCAGUGAAGCUUUUCUCGUUCAAAAAAUCAGUCUAUCACCUAGAAAGAUCGAUUGGCCAAAACUGAAGACACACUGGGCUCAUCUCGCAGACUUAAAUUUGCCAGCAAUAGACUCUUCUCAAGUUGGUGCAUUGAUUGGAGCGGACCAACUUUCGGCCCAUAUACAAAAGGAGAUUAGGGAAUCAAUUGAAGAUGACGACCCUACAGCGAUUCUAACUCAAUUUUUGAUGGUCGGUGUUUCCCAUGAUGAGGCGCUAUGUAAUCUCGUAGAACAAUUUCACUCUACCGAGUCUUUCGGUACGGAUGUUUAUGCUCCCACGAUCACCUCGGCCGAAGAUGCUCAAGUAAUAGCCGUGCUCGAAUCAUCAGCAAUUUUCAUCGGGUGCGGAUGGCAGGUGGACCUCCCUCUACGCUCAGAAGGCUUUGUCUUCCCUAAUAAUAGAAAACAGGCUGUGUCUAGGUAUUAUGGGAUGGAACGACGUCUCUCGCUGCCGGAAAACCAACAUUAUGCGGACAAAUACAAUCUCAUCGUAAAAAAGCUUAUUGAUUCCGGCACCGCUGUAAAGGUAAACUCGUCUGCAAUCAACAAGCCGGAAGGAAUGAUAUGGUAUUUGCCGCAUCACUUCGUUGAAAAUCCAAACAAACCAGGAAAAAUCAGAGUGGUUAUGGAUUGUGCUGCGAGUUUUUGUCAAGUCUCGCUCAACACCCAACUUCUCCAUGGGCCGCCGUUGCUCCCAAAGCUAAUAGGAGUGCUUCUACGAUCGAGGGAAUGUCUUUUUGCGCUUUCUGCGGAUAUAGCGGCCUUUUAUCAUCGCGUCGGAAUUCCAGAAAAACAUCAGUCUCUCCAACGAUCUGUUUUCCGCGAAUUCGGAAGCAAUAAACCGCUGAAGACAUAUCAAAUGACGACCUUGGUAUUUGGGGCAGUUCAUGCAUCAACCGCGGCAAUUUGGGUCUUGCAGCAUGCGGUCAGUCAAAACAGAAAUUAUCCCGAAGUUGCAUCGCGAAUAAGGCAAAAUUUUUACGCUGAUAAUUUAAGUGACUCGUUCGACACCGAAAAGGAAGCCAUAAAAUUCGCAAAGGACGUCACAGAAUCGCUGGCGAUCGGUGGUUUUAAAUUAACGGGCUUUGCGUCCUCAUCUAAACGAGUCCUAGAAACAAUCCCAGUGGAAGACCGAGCCGGAUCGAUCCUUGACUUAAAUUAUGGCGCCUUACCGACAGAAUACAUUUUGGGGCUCACAUGGGCCUGCAACAGCGACUGUUACAAAUUGAGAGUUAAAGAGCUGCCUCCAAUCAUGACGAAACGGGAGUUGUUGUCGGCGAUGUCAAGAGAAUUUGACCCAUUAGGAAUUUGCCUUCCGGUCAUUACGAAUGCAAAACUACUCUUUCAAGAAACGUGCAAACUACAAUCAGGGAUUCCCCCCUAUAAGAAGCCGAUUGGGUGGGACGAGCUUUUACCAGAUUGCAUUCUGGCAAAGUGGAAUAUAUGGGCCGGCUCAUUGUCAUCUCUCUCUCAAAUUUCCAUUAGGCGAUGUUUUCGGUCAAGUGACGAGAAGCGCGCAGAUUGCAUAUUUGACCUCAUCGUUUUCUCGGACUCAUCUCUCCUUGCGUUCGGAGCUGUGGCUUACCUAAAGACAACCUGUCACGGCAAAAUGCACCUCGACUACGUUAUGGCGAAGGGCCGCAUCGCACCCACCAGCAUCCUAAGUAUUCCCAGACUGGAGCUACAAGCGGCGGUACUAGCGAUCAGAAUGACGAAAUCCAUCAUAAGAGAAAUGCGCAUCCCGAUAUCAUCCAUCGAAUACCGAACUGACUCCGAAAUCGUGCUUCACCAGAUAAAUUCUUCACAUCACAAGCAUCCAACUUUCGUGGCCAACAGAAUCGGCGAAAUUCUCCGUCACUCUAGUCCCGAGCAGUGGAAAUUCAUAUCUGGUAAGGAUAAUCCGGCCGAUGACUGCACUAGAGGCAUCACCCCUGACUGCUUCAAAUCCAAUAGUCGGUGGCUAACCGAACCGUCCCAGUCGCAGUUGUCAGCAGCACAAGUUUUGACUGCGUCGCUCAACCAAGCAGAAGAUGCUGACCCAUCCAUUGCACUGUCGGUGUGUGCCCUAGAUUUUUUCUCCCUUCCCGUCAAAACCUCAUUGCCAGCCGUUUCAAAGUUGAUUGCGGAUAGUCAAGAUGGUCUUGCUCGGGUAAAGCGUGAUGUAGCCUUGUCAUUGCGCAAAGGAGCCAAUUUGGAGUUGCCAAUCACUGAUGAUGAAUUAAAGCAAGCAAUGCGGACGUGCAUCAUUGUUGCCGCCGAGGAAGCGUUUCCGGAAGAAAUCAUCGCUCUCAGAAGUGGGAAUCUAAUUCCGAGAGAUUCCGUCCUUCGUAAUGUGAAUCCUUACAUCGAUCCUGCGGACGGGCUAAUGAAGGUGGAUGGCCGUCUUAAACAUGCCAAGCUGCCACAGCACGCGCGACAACCUGUUAUUCUUCCCUCGGAUCAUCGUCUGACCUCGCUGAUUGUUUCUGAUGCUCAUAACGAAAUUAAUCAUGCGGGAGUAGAACACACUCUUUCAAUUAUGUGUACAGCCCGGCCACCCAUCAUGGCCAGUCUUCCUAAGGAAAGACUGCUGCCAUUCGUUCGACCCUUUUCAACAUCUGGUCUCGACUUCUUUGGACCUUUUAACACCGUGAUCGGUCGACGCACUGAAAAGUGUUAUGGUCUUCUCAUUACGUGCUUUUCAACCCGUGCUAUACACCUGGAAUUAGUGUACUCUCUCUCCGCCGACUCCUUUCUGAUGGCGCUGCGGCGGUUUAUUGCUGAUCGUGGCCAUCCUACAACCAUUUAUUCGGACAACGGGACCAAUCUGGUUGCGGGAGAGAAGGAGCUGCGCGAAGGAAUUGUGAACCUCAACUCAAAGCUGGUGACCGAGGAGAUGAUCGAUCUGGGAAUCAAUUGGAAAUUUUCGCCGCCAUCAGGCCCGCAUUUUGGUGGUUCGUGGGAGCGCCUUGUCGGCUCCAGCAAGAAAUCUUUGCGCGCUGUUCUGGAAGAGCGCAGCGUUAAUGACGAGGUGUUGCUGACUGUAUUAAAGGAAGUUGCGUCGCUCCUCAACACUCGCUCUCUCACGCAUGUUUCAAGUGAUCCGUCCGAACCGGAACCGUUAACGCCAAAUCAUUUUAUCUCGGCUGCCAUCAUCCCCAUUAUCCGCCGGAUGUCGAAGAAGCGUUUUGUGGCUUGA